AUUUUAUUUUAAAUUAGGAGCACAGGUGUAAUCUAUAAAACUGAUUGAACGGUUAGGACGGUAGAUAUCCGUAGCUCAAACUAUUGAAGAUUAGAUUUUAGUAUAGUUCUGCAAGAGUCUACCAAGUAAAAUUACUCAGUUGGAUGCUCUUUUGAUUGUGUGAUACAGUGAAGGGAAAAAAGUGUUUCCAAUUUGUAGUGGUAACAUUGUGAAGUAGGCCUCAUCUAGUUUCCAGCGCUCUCAUUUUGAUAAUCGUUGGAUACAUCAGAAAAUGGACGAAGGGAGCAAACACCCACAGUCGAUGGAAAGCGGUCAGCCUAACCAGCGGCAGGUUAAUCACCCAAGGCCCUUCUUCUAUGUUCAGCCGGCUUCUCAACCUUACGACAACAUGUAUCAUCAUCACAAUCAGUGGCAUAAUAUGAAUAACCCAUACAACCACUAUGGCUUUCCUGGUUCCGGAGUUUAUCCAUUUGGACGUCCUAGUCCAUACAUGUCCGCAUACCCAUACAUGCAGUAUCCUGGUGGAUAUGUUGUCCCACACACGCCACACAUGCAUCCAGUUGAUUACAGACGCAUGUAUGAACCACCUCAUUUUCAUCUACCUCCUGUGCAUGACCCCAUGUUCCGCCAACAACAGCAGCAACCACACCAUCAUGAUCACACCCAGAGAGAGGUGGUCUGUUCUGAGGCUCAGACGGACCCGAGUGAUGCGCUAAACAAGCUCAUAGAAUGUCUGGACAAACUCCGGGCCAACGAGAUGCAGGGUUCUGAGAAAGAGCUGGAUUCCGGUGUCGUUUCCCAGUCUUCUGGAAUAUUCUCGCCAGACGGGGAAAGGAAAUCUUGUAAGGUGGUGGGAGACAUACACAGUGGUCAUGGAGCCUCAUGUGGUAAGUUGGAAGGCAGCCAAUUGCAGUCGUCGUUUCCGAUGGGCAGGUUGUUCAGCGUCGGUAAUUCCACGGCGGCAGUCUAUGACGGUGAGUCAAGCCGACGGCUGGGUCAGGAGGGCUGGGCUGUAGACUCUGACGAAGACCCCCCAUUGGACAGCUCAUCUAUUCAUGAGGAGAACCUGGACCCGCAGCAACAUGCGGAGGAGUCUCUUCAUUGCUGUUCUUUGGAAAAUCUUUGCCUCCCGUCUGCUGUCUCGCAGUCAGAAGACAGCCCCAGACCUGAAAACAUAGACAACGAGGCAGAGGAUGGCACCAAUCCAUAUGGUACCAGUUCCACUGAGGGAUCUAGGUGGCAGGGCCACUGCUCCAACCUGCUCUCCACACAGUCACUACCAUCCCCCUUAGCCUCUGACUGGCAAGCCUUAGAGGACACUAAAUGUGGGGAAGAAACAUUUGAUGUUCCAGAUAGGAAAGGUCUGUCUAAACUGGAUGUUGACCUUUCCUACCAGAUCCUCCAUCUGCCCUUUGACAAGGUCCUGACAGCUGGAGCUCUGCAGAAGGACUGCUCUGCCAGCUCCAGCUCUGCUCUGCUGUGUGGAGGCCUCCAGGCUUCCCUGUCCUCCAGCCAGCUCACUAACACCUCCUCCCCAGCCCGUCACCACUACUACUCCUACUACUGCCCCCCACAGACAGCCCACGGAAGGCUCAGCGUCCUCAGUCCCUCCCUGGAUGAGCUCUCGUCCCGAGAGGAGAUGUUCUCCACCGACCUGGAGGACAUGGAUCGAUUUCCCAGAAGCUCCGUCUACGCAGGGAGGAGGUUCCCUGCGGAGGUCGAGCACCCCAGAGAGCCAGGGGUCAAGAAAGUCUGUCCUAAGUCCAAGAAGCUCUUGUGCGCCUGCUGUGGCUCGAGCCUGUUGAAAGGAGGGGCGAGCAGGGUUAAAGUUCAUCACAGCCCAAGGGUGUACGCCGAUGAUGAGGCGGGGGAUUCCGAUGAAGUUGUUGAGCAGGAACAACAGUCUGCAAUGACGUGUGAUGAGAGCGCGCACCCCACUAGGGUGGUCGUGCAGAAGCACUCUGUCCCCAAGAAACACCAGCCUCUACACAUCCAACAGCAUCCCAAACCCAGCUGUAAGAGAGGCCAGUGUAGAGAGGCUGUCGGACCAGAAGAGCAGCAGGAGGAACCAGCGAUGGUGCUGGUGGGAGCAGAGCUGGAGUAUUAUGAAGGCCAUGUGGUGGAAGGUGGGCAGGAUGCAGGGGAUAAGGAACACAGGACAUGCAAAGAUGGAGUAUGCAGAGAGGGCAUUGAGACUUCAGAACUGGGUAGGCGGGAGAGAGGUACGGCCAAGCCCAGACGAAAACCACACGCCUCACUGCAAGAAAGACUGGCAUUGAGGAAAGCUCUGUGGAAGCCAUUGGUGUACCAGAGAGUGCGAGAUGAGGAAAACGACAAUGAUGACGAGGAAGAGGAGCCACCACGAUGUCGCAGGGGAAAAGGGUCCACCAAGAGAGGAGACAAGAUGUUAAUGUCACACCAUUGAUCAAAUAAAAUGGCACAGAAAAAGAGCACUUAGUAGAUUGCACAAUAUAGAUGGACACUUUUUUUGGGAUGAUAAACAAGGAGACUUGGUUAAAGUCUCCUUAGCUAAUAAAUUACACUUUCAGGAGGUCUAUAGACACAGCCUGUUAGCUAGCACUGUACUGUAUUUUUGGGGGUAAAAUACCUACUUAUUCACCAGCACAGGGUUGGUGGCUUUGAAAUGUUGAUUUGCUUGACCAGUGUGUGCAUUAUUAAAAUGAAUUUCAU